AUGGAAGCUCUUUCCAUCUCAUUCCAUCCUUGGAUAAAGUUUGGACUUAAAUUUGAGUACCAGGUGAAAGCUUGCCCUGAAAGAAAACUUCCCAACAAUCUUAUUUCAACAAAGGAUGCAUUUCGAUGGCAACACAGUGGGAUGAGAAACGCCCUAUGUGUUCCUAGGCUGACGCAUAUAAAUCUGCUCUAUUAA